AUGGAGGAAGUUCGCAUCAUACUAGACCCCAAGGGUGUCGCCUCCAAGGGCGCCAGGGAAUAUGUCCAAAAGUUUUACCCAAAUCUGAAGAAACAGAACCCAGACCUGCCGAUCUUAGUGCGCGAGUGCUCCGGCGUCCAGCCCCGUCUUUAUGCCCGCUAUGGCAACGGCAAAGAGGUGUCCUUGCCCCUAGCCAACAAGGCUGCUCCCGACAUACACAAAAAUAUUGAGGCGGUCGGCCAGGCUGGAAUAAAGGCAACAAUACUACCAUUUAUAUAUAUAUUUGUUUGUAUUACGCUUCUUAAGCUGGAAUAA